CCACAUUAAGGCACAGAUCGAAGCAGCACAUUGGCCUAUAUUCUGUCCGAUGUGCGGACCGGAUCAAGCUAAUAGAGGAGAGCUUGCUGGAGGUGAUGAGGAAAUGUUCAAGAAUUGGAAUAGGAUGGAACUGGGAAGUGUUUCCAUUUCAUUGGAAUGCCCUCGAGUAGAUGCAGAGGAUUUUCGUGAGACAGAUGUCCUCGAUUGCCCACUGGGCUGCGGGGCUCACUGGUGCAAGAACUGUCACCGAGAAAUCGAGAGGAACAAGAAACAUUCUUGUGAUGGACAAGAAGAAUUCGAUGAACUGGCAAGGGACCAAAAAUGGAAAAAAUGUCCUGGUUGUGGCGUGAUGGCACAAAAGGACGGAGGCUGUAAUCAGGUCAGCUGCUUGACUCCUGGUUGUAACACGUACGUUCAAUGA